GAUAGAGCUGCAAGAUUGAAGGCUGACGUACUUCAGAGACUUGCAGCUAUCAACAAAAAACUAACUGUGCUGCGGCCUGGAUUGAGCGAGAGUCAAAACAUGAGUGGGUCUCCUCCUAGUCCUUUAAACCAGAACAUUGUCGAGAAUGGAGCGACCUCGAGCUCGGUGACCCCUAUCAGGGUGAAACUUCCAAGACUGGAAGUAGGAAAGUUUAGCGGCAAGCUGGAAGAGUGGCAGGAGUUCUGGGAUUCCUUUGAAAGUGCAAUACAUUCAAACGACAGCCUUUCAAAGGUGGAUAAAUUCUCAUAUCUAAGAGGCUUACUGCUAGAACCAGCGAGGUCAGCGAUUGCAGGAUUUGCCUUAAUGUCCGUGAAUUAUGAGGCAGCGGUUGAACUGUUGAAAAAACGUUUGGGAAAAAAGACCGCAAUCCAAAGAUCUUUGGUGAAUGAACUGUUGAACACAAGACCUGUGUCAAUGAAAGCAACACGGCGAGAUUGUGCGGCCUCUAUGAUUUCAUGGAGACAAAAUACAGAGCCCUUCAAGUGUUGAACGGCGACGAGCAUACUUAUUCCGAGAUAGUCGUCUCCAUGCUGCUGGAAAGGAUUCCGGAUUCAAUACGCUUAACAAUCACUCAAGGAAAGCAGUACCUGGAGUGGACCCUCCAACACUUUCUGGAUUCUCUGUUGACGGAGGUUGAAUUGCGGGCAGAUAAUAAUUUAACUGCCCAAUGAGCUGGAUCGAAUGACCACAGAAAGGGACCCCAUAAAGCGAGUGCGUUAUUCGCUACCAAAGGAGGGGACAGGAGAUGUGCAUUUUGCCUUGGAGGCCACCCCCCAGAAGAUUGCAAAACGGUGCAAGACGUAAAGGAA